AUGGAAUUGGUUAAAGCGGCAAGCAGCCCUGAACUGAAGAUCAUUUUUUGUAGAUUUGGCUCAGUGCGCAAGUACAGCAAGAAGCAGCAGUGCUGUUGGACAUGCGAGGAGUGCCAGUCAAACCAGAUAAUUGUGAAUCUGACGCACUGCCAGACUUGUGAGGACCAGUACUGGCCCACACUUGAUCGAAGGAAAUGCGAGCUGCUUGAACUGCACUACAUAAAAGUGAGCAGCUGGUUCGCUAUAAUUCCGAUGGUGCUCAACUUUAUUGGGAUCGUGGCCACAGUGGGAGUGAUAGUGACUCUGGCACUGUAUUCGGAGACGCCGAUAGUGCGGGCAACGGGUCGGGAGUUGACCUAUCUUCUACUCUCGGGUUGCCUGCUCUGCUACCUCUCCUCCCUCAUUCUCCUCGUGCCGCCGAAUCCUGCGGCCUGCGCCAUCCAACGAGUGGGCAUUGGGUUGGGCUUUGCUAUUAUGUACGCCUCCCUGUUAACCAAGACGAAUCGCCUGGCGCGUAUUUUCGACGCCGCAAAACGCACUACCAAACGUCCCGCUUUCAUCUCCCCCCGCUCCCAACUGGCCAUCGCGGGCGGUCUCGUGGGUCUCCAAUUCGCGCUUUCCGUAAUCUGGCUCGGCUUUGACCCUCCGUCAACUCGCGUCGAUCCCCUCCAACCCAACUUCCUGGUGCUGCGCUGCGCAAUCAAAGAUAGCAGCAUGGUUACCUCUCUUGCCUACAUUAUGCUCCUCAUUGUCGUCUGCACCAUUUAUGCCGUGAAGACUCGCUCCAUUCCUGAGAACUUUAACGAGUCACGAUUCAUCGGUUUCACCAUGUACACCACCUGCAUCAUCUGGCUGGCCUUUGUGCCCAUCUACUUCGCCACCAUGAAUAGCUUUGAAAUUCAAAUAUCAACGCUCUCAGUCGCGGUGAGCUUAAGCGCGACAGUUACCCUAGUCUGCCUAUUUGCACCCAAGGUCUACAUCAUUUACUUCCAUCCAGAAAAGAAUAUCCGGAAACUCACCAUGAAUAGUGGCCCGGGAAGCAAAACCCGUUACGCUACCUGCAAAUCUCCACCAGAGAGCUAUGGUAGGCAGAGCUCUAGCAUGGGAACGGACUGUGUGAUCACCAACACAAUGGCCACGCAGUCCACGCAACCCUCCAGUACUUUGAAGGUCGUUUCGAAGACCCAGGGUUCUCCCAGUAGCCGUGCCGAUGGUUUGGAGGAAGUUCCGAAACGACCCCUGCUGAGUGUGACAAAGGAGACUACAACCGUGAACGCUUUAAUUCCACGGCGCUACUCCAACGACUUUUCAGAGCCGAUAGUCGUAACCAAAUCGGUCACCAGAUUGCAGCCAGUCUCCACAAUUUCCACCGACGGCGACAACCCAAUAGGAGGUAGUAGACUCCCCGCCUACCAGGCAAUUGUCUCACCGAUGCCUCUCCUGCUGGACAAUCUGGCUGUGAGCAUUGCCUCGGUGCCCGCUUGCCCCUGUGAAGAGGAGGAGGAAAGCAGAGAGGGGGAGGAGCGAAGCGCAGAAGCGACUAACACCUCCGCCUCCUCCAUCGUUGCCUGCGGCAAUGAGCGCUGCUACUCUGGUCGACCUACUUCCAGCGAACCCUCCAUCAACGCACCCGACUGCAAAGACGACGACGCAGACUCCAUUAACCCCUAUGUCUACCACAAUCGAGCCUUGCAGGUCACUGUCACUUCCGUUACUAAUACCGUUCAGAGUGGGCGGUUUGCCACCGAAACAGACUCGAUCGUUGAGCUGUGGCAACAGGUAAAACCGCAAGGCAUGGGUGGAGUUCGUCACUGCACUGUGGUUGAACAGAACAUGUGUUUUGCGAAUGCCACAGGUUUUCCCUACGGCGUUAUUCCACCAAAUAUGGGACUGGAUGAGGAAAAAAUAAGCUCCGUAUAG